GCACCAUCAUCAUAUUAAGUGGAAAACAAGAUAUUGUUAGAUUAAGCAGCUUCAGCUAAUUUCUCUCAUACAAACUAGAUUCUGUAGUACAUCCUCAAUAGUACAGGAGGUCUAGUCAUGGUAUACUCCGUAAAAGAAUAGUUUUUUUCAGCUUUGGCGCUCACUUACUUGGUCAGUGAGUUCACUGUAAGGAUCAUGUGCCAAAUUAAGCCUGAUUAUUUCAACCCACUUGCUGGCACUUUAUAGCACAGAAACAAGAAUGUUCUCAGCUGCUUGAGUUCAAAAGAAAAGUCCUUAAAACAGACACAUUUUUAAGUGUAGAUAUUGAUAGACAUAUUUCACACUAAAUUCACAAUGACUGCUUAAAUCUGAACUAUACUUCUAUAUUUCACUUGCAGUAAGCAUAUAAGCUGUUUCUUGUAUACAAUUAUUUUGUUUUCCUUAUGUGCACUGUACCUGUUACUAUGGUAACUUUACUGUACACACUAGUAAUUUGUUGCAACAUGUACUCUUUUUUUUUUACAUAGAAACUUUUGGUUCUUCCUAAUGAUAAGAUGUUAGUCAACUUAAAUCUCCAGCCAAUAGUGUAGUUCAGCAAAGAUAAAGAGCAAUCUCCUGACAAUGCAAUUAUUUAAAGGUGGAUUUUGCCUCAUUUGCAAGAGAAAAUCUUUGAGGAUAGAAACAACUUUUUCCCCUUACCUAUUUUGAUCCAGGUUUAACAGAAGACCAGUUUUACCAGGUGUGUUGACACAUAUAGAUCCAUUCGGUUUUGUAGAGUCUUUCAAUCAAGACUACAUUUGGCCUCUUUGGGGUGAACGGGGAGAACUUGUUCAGACGCGUGUUCUGGGCAACAAUAAAAACCAAUGUCCAAUACUGGGUGUAUCUUUAAGUGCGGUGACCCAUUUAUUUUCAUUCAAUUAUUUGGUCAACUUAGGACAGGUAUAACUUUUGACAUCACAGGUAAGUUUUCCAUUCAUCCGUUUCCUUCAUCACAGUCAUCCAUUCAUCACAAAGGAAAAGAGAUGUCACACUGACACGGUCAAAAAUUGAUUGCCCUCCCCUUCACACACACACCGUGCUCAUUACCUGGGGUUACCUAUAUGCAUUUCCAGUGCUUUGUACAACCCACUCUUCAAACACAAAAACGUCAUAUACACAUAUAUGGUCCUCAGUAUAACAAGGAAACAAAAAAUAGAAAACCAAAAAUAAUAUUAUGGCUCCAACAGGUUUUUUGAAUCUUUUCUAACUGAUUAUCUGUGUUCAUCAGGCCUUACUGCACUGGAUGAAGGAAGAUCAGAGUCAAAAAUCCACUCAGGAGGAGGCUUCUGCCUGUCAGUCUGCACUCCACUUUCCCAAACCCACUGAAGCCUUUCAUACAUCCAAACUGUGGCUCCGCAGGUGCCUGGACAUACUGGGAGAAAAAUGAAUGAUAAGACUUCCCCAUAACUCUGGAUUUUUGGACAAAAUGGCGGAGGGUUUCACUCUGCUGCUGUCUGGGAUGCUGCUAUGUGGCCUGCUUCUGCACAUGGUGUCCCAGCACGGAGUUGAUAAGCUCAGUAAGAAGCCCAAUUUCAUCAUCAUACUGGCCGAUGAUAUAGGCUGGGGUGACCUGGAUGCUAACCAGCCUGAAGAGAGGGCAAACAACACACCUCACCUCAACCUGAUGGCCCAGCAAGGACUAAGGCUGACAGACUUCCACUCUCCAGCUUCAACCUGCUCUCCAUCCCGUGCUGCCAUCCUGACAGGCCGCUAUGGUUUAAGGAAUGGGGUGACUCAUAACUUCGCUGUGGGCUCUGUGGCCGGUUUGCCUCUGUCUGAAGUUACCUUGCCCCAGCUGCUACAGAAGGCGGGAUAUUACACAGCCAUGGUCGGGAAAUGGCAUCUCGGCCAUAAUGGACAAUAUGGUCCAACUAAAAGAGGGUUUGACUACUAUUUAGGGAUUCCUUACAGUAAUGACAUGGGCUGUACCGACACACCAGGAUAUAAUCUGCCCCAGUGCUUCCCCUGUGACUCAUCUGGACCUCAAGUGAUCAGAUUGAAGAGGCGUGUCCAUGGAGGCUGUUAUUCCAAAGUGGGCCUUCCUCUGAUUGAAAACAGCAGUAUUGUGGAGCAGCCCCUUGACCUGUUGACUCUAACAGAACAAUACAAAUCUGCCGCACUCAGAAUCAUACACAAUGCAAAGGAGCGAGAACAGCCCUACCUUCUCUAUAUAGCACUGGCUCACAUGCACGUUCCCUUGGCCCCUCCGCUCCCCCCAGAUGCCCUCUCCCAUCGCCUGCAUGACGGCAGAGUUUACGCUGCCAGCCUGCGAGAGAUGGACAGCCUGGUGGGGGCAGUAAAGAGCGCUUCUGAUGACGCAAAUACUCUCAUCUGGUUCACCGGUGACAAUGGUCCUUGGGAACAGAAGUGUCAGUAUGCAGGAAGUGUAGGACCCUUCAAAGGAACAUGGCAGAGCAGCAGAGGUGGGGGUUCAGCUAAGCGGACCACCUGGGAAGGAGGUCACAGGGUGCCAACAGUGGCCUAUUGGCCUGGUGUAAUCCAUGCAAACACCACCAGUGCCGCCCUGCUCAGUGGUAUGGACAUUUUCCCAACCCUUCUGUCCCUGGCAGGAGUAACACCACCCUCAGACAGACGUUACGAUGGCAUUGAUGCCACAAAUGUCCUCCUGCGUGGAGAACACACCGGUCACAAGUUUCUCUUCCACCCGAAUAGCGGUGCUGCAGGGAAGUUUGGUGACCUGCAGGCAGUUCGAACAGGGAAAUACAAAGCUUUCUACAUAACAGGUGCAGCUGAGGCAUGUGGUGGUUCUACAGGAACUCAGCAGCUCCAUGACCCGCCAUUAAUAUUUGAUCUGGAACGUGACGAGGCUGAGGAAACACCCAUUGAGGCCGGGACGCCUGAAUACCAGACGGCUGCAGAUAAAAUCGCCCGCAGGAGGGAGGAGCUGUUAUGGGACAUUGCCACUGACACGUCUGUGUCUGCAUCAGACUACACCACAGACGAGUCAGCAGCACCCUGCUGUGACCCGACACAGGCUGUUUGUCGCUGUCGCACGCUGGGCUGAGGGUGGGAAGAC